AUGGCCGAGAAGCCAGAAGAGGUCAGUAACUCCGGCAUGGCCGUGAUAGGUCCUGCGAAAGGAUACAUCGAAGCCCUUGAGAUCCGACUGAAGGAGACCGAACGUGUGCUCUGGCGAAUUCUCUCGGCUUGCCCACAAGAUAGCCUGACAGCAGCCUUUUCUCCCGAAGUACAAGAUCGAAUACCACAACAUCUCUCUGUCGGGACUCUGGGCACCACCGAGGAGAAGAAAUCUGCCAUCGCAUUCUGGGAACAGUUUCCUCUAUAUACCAUCGAAGAUGUACUUGUGUGGAAGGAACAAAUUGAAAGUCCGCCUUUAAUGGAGAUGACCAGCUUGGAGCAGAAUCAAGAACAGCAAUCGCACCUGACAAACAGUCCGGAUGAAGCGCAAGAUCAACGUCCACCUUCUCCAAUGGACGAAGAGAUGGCCCAGGUAUCCGUGGCGAGGGUGCCAAAUUCCAAAAACUUUACUGAUGCCUCUUCUGUUGCGCCCCAGAUGACGGAUGCACAAAAUCGACGACCAUCCGCCUCCACAGCCGAGCGGGGAUCCGUAGUCAGUAAGUUUUCGUUCUCCAAAGAGUUUCAAGAGACUUUUCUCUGGUGA